CUCCAAAACUCCAUGCCUGUCUGUUUAUAGAGCGCAGAGAGAGAGAUAGACAGAACAUGAGAGAGAAAGGGAGUGUAAUACACACUCACUCUGCGAGAGAGAGAAAGAGACAUGAAGAUAGAACGGAGACCUGUAAAACAGAAAGCAAAUCGGAGGAAGGAAAAUAAAUAAGAAUAGAGAAACAAAACGGAUGCUUAAGAAGAAAAAAAAAAUAUAGGCAAGCUGGAUCUGUGAGGAGUUCCAAAGGCAGAUUUAAGAUACUUAUCUUUGUUUGUGCUUUCACCUUUUGGCCAGUUUAUCCAGAUGCCACGUGGAGACUGGAAGCUUAAGAGGUACCUGGAUAAGAGAAGUUAGUAGCCCUAACCCAACAAGCAUGGUUUGCAAACCGUGGUACAAAAUCUAUACUUAAAAUUUAAGGACUACUUUCUCCUGUUUCUGAAGCAACAGUGAUAUACACCUGCUCUGUAUUCUUAUCUUCUGGUUAAAACAAACAACAGAUUGAUUGCUUGGCGAUGGACAUUGUGGUCCAGUGGCUCGUGUGACACGUUGUGCGCCUGCUGUUUUCAAACGAGGGCAAGAUUAUACUAACUGAAGUGGACAGGAUGCUGACUUUCUCAAAAAAACAUCCUCAGUAUGCAGCAGCAAGCUAAUUCAUGAUCUAAAAACCUUUUCAGCACUGUCUCAAAUGUCACGCCCGCAAGACAGCUUGGAAUGCUAAAAGGAUGGUUCACAGAAGGUUGGGAUCAGCUUUGGGGAUGGGGCAUAAAAAACUUCUCUUCCUUGACUGACUCAUGAUACCAUCCCUCUCUUCCUGAGAAUGGAAUAAAAUCUGGGGCAACAUUCUGAAUCAAUGAGCCAAAGGUUGAGAGCUGCAGCCGCCCAAACAAGAGUUAUGAGGCGAGACAUUUGGGGAAGUAACCGUUGUAAAGAAUUUUAAAGACAGGAAUACCUAAUCAAGGUACCAGCUUCAUAUAACGGUGCGUGGACCUCUAUUCCUGUGAAACUCAGGCUGCUCUGUUUACACACAGAAGGAUCCUGACGGCACAAUGCUGUGUGCUCAGGGUGUGGCUGCACCCCUAAUGCUGAGCUCUUUCCUCCUUCAGCUGGCCAGGGCUAAUCUCCCUUCUGGCUGCCUGAUUGCAUCCGAUAUACUGAGUUGCACCAAUCUCGGCCUCGACCAAGUUCCACUGGAGUUGCCUGUAAUGGUGGCAACCUUAGACUUCAACCAUAACAUUCUUGAACGUCUGGAGGAGGGCAGCUUUGCUGGCCUUCCCAAUCUUGAGACCCUAAGGCUGGCCCACAAUCUGCUGAGCAGAAUUGUUGCAGGAACCUUCCGGAAUACAAGUACUAUUCGCCAUCUGGACCUUUCCUCCAAUCAGUUGAACAUUAUAGAGCAGCACUACUUUCAAGAAUUAGUAGGAGUCAAAGAGUUGCUUCUUUACAACAACCAUAUAGUAAGGGUAGAAAGCAAAGCCCUGAGUGGGUUGAGUAACCUACGGAAAGCCUACCUGAGCCAUAACAGGCUGACCGACUUCCCUUUCUUUUCCAUUCAGGAACAUCCCAGUCUCAUUACCCUGGACCUAAGCUCGAACCGCAUGCCCAACCUUCCUGUUGAGGACAUUGGAGCUUUGCAUGAAUCAAUACAGCAAGGGUUGUUCCUGCACAACAAUACCCUAAUUUGUGAGUGCUCCAUGUAUAGCAUGUUUAAACAAUGGGAGCAGAGAGGCUUUACCUCAGUGAGAGACUUCCAAGAGGAGCAUACCUGCUUGCUUUAUGGCGAAAGGCGUGCUUCAGUUCGGUUUCUCCAGCAUGUGCGAUUUUUUGAGAACUGCACGGUAAAACCACAACUGGAGACAGAAAGUCUGAAAGCAGACUCUGGGGAUUCAGUGCUGCUGGAUUGUAAAACAUCAUUAAAGGGAAAGCAUCUCACCUACCUGUGGGUGUCCCCACGUAAGGAAUAUAUUGCCCCUCCUGGUAAUAACAACACACUGCGACUGUAUGCCAAUGGCACUUUGGAAAUCCUGGCAGCACAAGUGGAGGACUCUGGGGUAUACUUGUGCAUGGCUCUAAACCAUCAAGAGUCCCGAAAUGAGACUCGGGAAGUGAAUGUAACCGUGGUGAUCCACCAUCAGGCGGAGGAGCCUUUUAACACUGGCUUUACAACCCUGCUGGGCUGCAUUGUUAGCCUGGUUCUGGUCCUAAUGUACCUCUAUUUGACACCUUGUCGCUGCUGGUGCCGCAAGCAGCCCCUACCAGCAACACCAAGCCCUGCAAACGAAUGCAGCGCCCAGUCUUCAAUCCUGACGCCCACGCCACCUGCCACCACGGAGGGUCCCGGCCGCAAGGUCAGUAACAACAAGCAUGUGGUCUUUCUGGAACCCAUCAAGGAGGCACAAAAUGGGAGGCCGCGGGCAGCACUGGCCCUCGAGCACCCCAAGCUGGCAGUAACACGGAGCGAUGCCGACUCCGUCACCUCCGUCUUCUCAGAUACAACUAUUGUGCCAUAGCGGCUACAUAUAUUCCAAUGACCUACUCGAAUAAGAGUGUGGGUCCUUCAACGAGGCAGUCGGCAACUGCACAGCUACUCAGGACAAAUCAGGGAGAGGGUGUUGCAAGCCCAAGGCAGGGAACAGAACAGAGCAGGAAAGAAAAGCACACAGAAUCAGAGAGAAGAUAUAAAAAACACAAAAGGCAAAAAGAUGGAGCAAAGCACUCCCAAGAUUCAGCUUUAAGGCUCAACUGAGCCACAACGGUAGAGGAAGGAAUUGGCUUGAAAUAACAAGGGUAAAAUGCUUUCCCUUUACCACUGCUUGAACCUUGAUAGAUUCAUAGCUAUGAAUGCCUUGUCUAGAGCCUAUAACCCAAUGAAUACUGCAUAAACCCUUGUUAUUACUUAAGAAAUAGCAUGAUUGAUAAGAAGGAGAAUGACAAGUGCAUACUAAAUUUCUAGUUUUUUACAGACAAUACCUCUAGAAUGUAGAUUUUUUUUUAGACUUAAAUGUAUGUCCUUUGUACCACUGUGUUUCUAAUUAGCAUUUUGGUUAGUAGUUAGAAGUAGUACUUAAUUUGAAGAGGCCAUGCUCAUUUGGAAAAUGCAAGUGUAUUGGUCAGAACAAAUGGAUCCAGAAAACAUUGGGGAAUUGUUCAGAUGGUGGAAGUUGUAUUACAAAAAAUGACAUGGUGGUGCUCAGAACUUAUUCAAACUGAUGUGGAUACUGCACAGAGGUUACGUUUUAUCCUUAAUAAGAUUAAACAUUGAAUGAAAUGGAAUCUGUGAAAAUUUUGUUUACAUUCUGGAGUACUUUCCCCCUCCCAAAGCAUUCCAUGUUUCCUCUUCACCCACCCCUCUCCUUUCACAAAUCCCUUCCUUAUUAUCUUUUUUAAUAAAUCCUUCUGCUUCGACCCCAGAGGUAAAUGUCUGCCUUCUUAUUGAUUUGUUGGUGAUAUUCAGCCUCUUUGGCCAAAGUGAACAGCCAAACCAUGUGUGUGCUAACUGCUUUUCUAUUCAAAUGUAAAUAUAAAACAGUGUGUCCAAGAUAUCUGUGUCAAAAGCUGCUGGCAACCAGAGCAUGACGGAAAUAAGUGGUGAGAUAUGUUUCCAAAAUCCUAAAUGUUUAGUCAUGAAAUGUUAUGCUUUUAGACAAUGGCACACCGAAAUAUUACUGAACAAUCUCAGCACAAACCACUGACUAAAUGUUAGAUGAACACUCAUCUUUGCAUUGCUGGUACCUCAGCCAAGUGAAGGAAGUGAUUCUGAUUAUAGACCCCAAUAAAUCACUGGAUGAGCAAAGUUUCUGUUCUGUGCUGACAAAUUUCCUUUUGAAACUGUAAGAUUGGGAGGGACAUUCCGAAGGCUUGCCCCCCUUUUUUUUAACCAGCCAACAGGAUUCAUAAAUAAUUUUGAUCCAUUUUCCCCAAAAGAGAAAGCCUGUACAUUUUAAAUGCA